AUGAGUCAAGACUAUGCCCAGACUUCACAGAAUGAGGCACCAGAGUGUGAAGACCAAAUGACCAUGAAUAAUAGCACUGGAAGAAGUAUUAUUCUUCUUGGAAACAACGGGAGUGGGAAAAGCUCAGUGGGUAACUCUUUGUUAGGGAAAUACGUGUUUUCUAACCCAAAACUGUCAGAAUGUAAACAAAUAAAGGAUUUCAGCACAAACCAUAAUAUUUCUUUAAACAUAAUAGAUACACCGGGACUGUUUGAUGCGGACGUUUCGUUAGCUGAGAGCGCUCUUCAAAUUCAAAAGUCUCUCGACAUCUGCCCUAAUCCACAUGCAUUCCUGAUUGUUGUCAACACUAAUGAUGGCAAGGAAUAUUUGGACUAUACUGUAGAUAUGCUGCCCCUUAUAUUUGGCGAAAAUGUUUUCGAUAAUGCUAUUGUCUUCGUGAAUCAUAGAGAUGAGUAUGCUGCAGAUUCCUGGGUCAAUGAACAUCAAUUGGUUUCGCGUUGUGGUCGCCGUGUUGUUACAGCAAAAACCCUUGAUGCUUGUAUGAACAAGGUAACGGGUGCUGUCAUUCUGAAGAAAGUAAGUUUGCUGACAAGUAAUGGAGUAUCUGUAUAUAGCCAUAAAUCUAUAGAACUCCACAGACGUGUCCUAUUGGGAUGCAUGUCAGUCUGCGGAAGAGGAGACGAUAUUAGAUCUCAGCUGAAUGAAAUGAAUACAAGGCUUAAAGCAAUGCUUAAUAAAAAGCAUUCCAGCAAUAUUCGAAAUGAGAUAAAUGUUGUCAUGAUCGGUAAAUCCGGUAAUGGUAAAAGUUCAACAGGCAAUACACUGCUCGGUUACAAUGGCUUCACUGUUGGGGACAGUCUAAAUGCCGUCACAGAAAAAUGUCACAUCAAAAAGGGCUGUUUAGAGACGACACAAAUAAUCAAAGUCGUUGACACGCCAGGGAUUUUUGACGAAGAUGGCUCUUUUGGAGAAAGAGCUCUUGAAAUCCAGAAAGCAGUCAAAAUAUGUCCAAAUCCGAAUGCAUUUGUAUUAGUAUUUAGUUCAACAUGUCGGUUUACAGAGGAAGAACGUUGUACUAUUGAUGUAAUGCGCAUUAUAUUUGGAGAGAAGAUCUUUGACCAUAUGUGUAUAGUCUUUACACAUGGAAGCAAAUUUCAAGAUGAAGACCAUUUCAAAAAGUUUUGGAAAGAAAAUAAACGUGUUAAAGAUUUGGUUGAAAGAUGCAACGGCCGCAUUUUCAAAAUAGAGAAUCCGAAAGAAUUCCAGGAUGAGGAUGAAAAUAUUCUUAAUCUCAUUAAUACAAUUAAAGACUGUCCUGAGUACAAGUACGGGUACCUUGCAAUUCACCAGGCGCUACUUAAAGAACAUUUGGAAAGGUACACGUCAGAGGAACAGAACAUUAAAAGGCAAAUAGAGGACUUGGGUAAAAGGCUAAGUAAACGAUUGGAUUCAAAAAUUCGGAAUGAAAAACUUUUGACUGGUGCAGCCAUAGUAGGAUCAGUAGCAGCAGUCGUAUUAGCUCUUGCAGCAAAGGAACCAAAUACUGCUGUAGAAGUCGGAGUUGCUGUUGCAGAAAAGGCACCAAAAGUUGCUGCAAAAACCGUUGAAGCUGGGAUAAGAGGUAUGAUUGGGGAUUAGUUAUCUUGACCUAUAGCACAAUGGUUGUGACAUAGAUCAAAGAAGUGUGGUUAUUUCAAGUUAAAGUUGGAGACAUAAGUAUUUGUAGAAAUAAUAUUUAAUAAAUACAUCACGAUAAACAGUUAUAUCGAUAUUUAAACAAUAAAUCUUACAACAAAUAAGUUAGUGAUAGUUGAAUAAAUUGAUAAAGGUUCUUUUUCUUUGUUAAGUCCUGUGUCUUCUUCCUACAAAUAAUCAGAACGUGUGUCAUCUUAGGAAAUAUAGCCUUAAUCCCAGUAAGGUUCUUACAAAAAAUCUUCGGUCAAAAGACAAUAAGACCGCUGAUCUCCGUUUCCUUUUUUAUUUAGCUUUAUUAUUGAUUUUUUGGCAUCAUCACAUGUUUUUUAUAUGGUCUUUUCUAAUAGACCUAAAUGCUUGGUUUUAAAUAAUUGUGUUUAACAUAAAGGCUUUAUUUUGUUUUUUUGUUUGCAUAUACUAAUUACAUGAAACUUACGUAGAAACCUUUAGACCUAUAGGAUAUUAUUUUAAAACGUCGCGUCAUUCGGAAUCCUAACGUCAGAGUGGUUUAUUAACCAUUCCUAUUAUAUAUUCCAUAUAUUUUAGAGAAUAACAGCAUUUAGUGUUUAAAAAGGAGAUUUUCAAGUGGCAUAUAUUUUCAAAUUUUACCCUAAAACUGAUGAAUGACUUUAUCUACAUCUUUAUCUAGAUUAAGAUGGACAAGUCUAUUUUGGAGAUUUAUUUUGGUAACGUUGACAUCUUUCACUGUUAUAAAUUCAGUACGACUUUUCCUUUGACAUUCGUUUGAAGUGCCGGACUGAAUUAUCAGGUUAUAAAAUAAAUGCAUUUUCACUACAGAUAUUUUACUGGUAUAUGUUUUAAGGAGAUGAUUUUUUUUAUCCAAUUGAAAAUAAUGUGUUCAAUCGAAUAUAAAGUGAUAAAAUUUUGGUGGCUGAUUAACUGCACAGAGUAGUUUUGCAUUGUCGUCUUGAAAUGCAUAUGACAAUUUAAAGUUGUAAUGUUGAAAGACUUUUAUGUUAUCAAUACAAAAUGUUAUGAAAUCAAAAAACGAUACAAAGCUCAAUUAAAUUAAAAACUAACAGUAUCCCCUUCAUACAACAGAACACAUCUGCUAUUAGUUAUUCAUUUCUUCAGAUUGUAUUAUACAUCAUGCCCUUCUGACUUUUAUUUUGAAAAAUAAAUAUCUAUUUGUUAUUAUAUGUUAAAAUCAUAGUUUGAUUAAAAGUUUAACGAUGAUCUUUUACAUACCAUAAUGUACAUUGUUGGGUGCAGUUAGCACAAUGAUUUCCCUUCUUAAUUGUUAAUAAAGAUUCCAACCUUUCAUUCAAGUUUCGGAUAUGACCAAAGCUGUCUGACAAUCCAUUCGGGAUCGGCCAUCUGUUCUCUAUGUAUAAAACAGAAAAUAUUUGUAAAAAUAUAAUUUUCUCGAGUCAAUCAUUUAAACA